UGUGCGCGCAUUGGCUGGCUGAGAAAGGCGCACGUGGGCUAGGGUAAACAACACGCCAGUGCGCCCCCAUGCGUGUCCGGUCAGCGGAACCUCGGUAAAACCUCGCGGACUUUACUGGUGCACAGACACGGCGGAACAAUGCUGCUCGGAAAGCUGGUUGUUUGUGUUUUCCUGCUGGUGCUCGGACCCCGUGUGUGUGAAGGUUACGUAUUUCAGGCCGGACAGCCGACAGAAGACAAGGAAAUUCCUUUAACCCCUAAAAUUUCCAAAUGGGAGAGCACAGCCGGAUCAUGUAAGGGGCGGUGCUUUGAGCUGGUAGAGGCGGAGCCUCCUGGGUGCAGGUGUGAUAAUCUGUGUAAGACGUACUAUAGCUGCUGCAAUGACUUUGACAAACACUGUCUCAAAACCGCUGGAGGUUUUGAGUGUACUGCGGAGCGGUGUGGAGAGAACCGAAAUGAGGACUACGCCUGCCAGUGUUCAGAGGACUGUUUGGAGAAAGGAGACUGCUGCCCCAACUACAAAGCUGUCUGCAAAGGUGAGAGUCAGUGGGUGGAUGGUGACUGUGAGGAGAUUAACGCCCCAGAAUGUCCUGCAGGGUUUGUGCGUCCUCCUCUCUUUAUCAUCUCUCUGGACGGAUUCCGCGCCUCCUACAUAAAGAAAGGAAAAUCUGUCAUUCCAAACAUCCACAAACUGAGAACAUGUGGGACUCGUUCUCCUCACAUGAGACCGAUGUAUCCUUCAAAAACAUUUCCAAACCUCUACACGCUCGCCACGGGACUGUACCCAGAGUCUCACGGCAUUGUGUGUAACUCCAUGUACGACCCAGUGUUCGAUGCAAACUUCAACCUGCGUGGGAGAGAAAAGCUCAAACAUCGCUGGUGGGGUGGACAACCUAUCUGGAUAACGGCAGAGAAGCAGGGGGUGAAAGCAGCUACGUUCUUCUGGCCUUGGGUGAUUCCACUGGAGAGAAGGAUUUUGACUAUGCUAAGCUGGCUCCACCUGCCUGAUGAUAAAAGGCCGUAUGUGUAUGCAGUCCACUCAGAGCAGCCCGACGCGUUCGGACACAGGCUGGGGCCCCUCAGCAGUGAGUUGGAUAAUCCCCUAAAAGAAAUUGAUAACAUCAUUGGUCAGCUGAUGAACGGUCUGAAACAGAUGAACCUGCACCGCUGUGUAAAUGUCAUCAUAGUGGGCGAUCACGGAAUGGAGGAGGCCCACUGUGACCGUACAGAGUAUCUAAGCUCAUAUGGACUCAAUGUUAAUGACUUUACACUCAUCCCGGGAUCAUCUGGAAGACUGCGUUCCAAAAACCAGAGCAUGCCACAUGACCCAAAAGAACUUGUAGCCAAUUUAACAUGUAAGAUGCCCAACCAGCAUUUUAAAGCCUAUCUGAAGCAGCACCUGCCCAAGCGGCUGCACUAUGCCAACAACCGCAGGAUAGAGGACGUGCACCUGCUCAUGGAGAGGAAGUGGCUCGUAGCCAUGAACCGGUUACCCGGCAGCUGUGGCUACUUUGGCGAUCACGGCUAUGAUAACAUAAUUAACAGCAUGCAGACCAUCUUUUUGGGAUACGGACCGAGCUUCAAGUUCAGGACAGAAGUUCCUCCUUUUGAGAAUCUCGAGCUUUACAACAUAAUGUGUGACCUCCUAGGCUUGACUCCUGCACCUAAUAAUGGCACACACGGCAGUCUGAACUCCGUGCUGAAACACCCAUCUUACACACCCAUACAGCCAGAGGAAGUGACAUCACCAAAGCCUCUGGAGCCUGCUGCUGCUUCACCGGCCUUUUACAACCUGGGCUGCAGCUGUGAUGAUGAGAAUAUGAUUGAGGAGAGCAGCGAUGGAUUUUUCUCAGAAGGCGCUGCUUUGUUAAACAACGCGACUCACCUGCCGUUUGGCCGCCCAGCCGUUUUGUUCCAGACUUCUUACUCUUUGCUUCAGCACUCGGAUUACAUCAGCGCAUACAGCUACGAGCUGCACAUUCCUCUGUGGACGGCAUUCACUAUUACCCCGCAGAUAGAGAGCACUGCUACACCUCCUCCAGUCUCUGAGUGUGUAAGGGCAGACAUUCGAAUUCCUCCCAAACACACACAGACCUGCGACUCCAACAACCAGGAUCACAAGGUCAUCCGUGGAUUCGUGUACCCACCUGGUUUCUCCAUCACCCCUGAAUCCAGUCAUGAUGCUUCUUUGAUCACCAACACAGUGCCCAUGUAUCCUGCUUUUAAGAGAAUAUGGAGCUACUUGCAGACGACAGUAUUGAGGCGCUACAGUGAAGAGAGGAACAGCAUUAAUGUUGUCACUGGACCAAUAUUUGACUAUGACUCUGAUGGACUCCGAGACACGGUGGAGAAAAUCAGAGGACAUGAAGGUGACUCUGCUCCAGUCCCCACUCAUUUAUACCUGAUAAUAACAAGCUGUGAACGAGAGAACACCACAGUGGAGGAGUGUGAUGGCUCCAUUUCCACGGUUUCUUUCAUCCUUCCACAUCGGCCUGAUAACUCAGAAAGCUGCCACAGUUCGGAGGAGCCAUCUCAAUGGGUGGAGGAGAUCCUGCGCACUCACACGGCUCGUGUACGUGACGUGGAACUGCUCACCGGACUCGACUUCUACCGCUCGCUGUCGCUGCCCUACACAAACACGCUUGCGCUGAAAACCUAUCUGCACACGUUCGAGGAAAACAUCUAACACCUGGUGGCGCAGCAUUACUAAACACCACAUCACUUCUCUUCCUGAUGAUUAGGUGUAUAGUUUUUAUACAGUUUAUCAUAUUUAUUGUUCAUUUCAAACUAAAUAAUGAUGGUACAGCAUUUCAAACAGUUCAACUUUAGACUCACUAAAUCUAGGGAGCAUGAAAUAUAGUGUGUUGUUAGUGCAUUUUCUUGUGUGUGUGUGUGUGUGUGUGUGUGUGUGUGUGUGUGUGUGUGUGUGUGUGUUGUAAGUUAACAUUUUGUUAGCAUGCAUUUCCUAGCAAGUUACUACACUCAUGUAUUUGAAAUUGAAACGAUUGCGUUUACGUAUUUCUAAAUUAGCAGUGAAUCCCCUCUUUCCCACCAACUGGCCCCACCCUUUUUGUUGGAAACAUGUACACCUUAGAGACAAACUAAAAAAAAGCUAGUCAUAUCCACUUCGUAGCAUUAUUAAGAGUCAGUGUGUUUGAAAGUAUUGUGUUUGUGUAAUUCAUAUAGAUAUAUAUUUUUAGCAAAUUCCAGAAAAUGCUCCUUUAUCUGAUGAGGCAGCUUUGCAGCAUUACAGUCAGAACUUUUGAGCUGUUGUCCAAACAAUAUCUUCUGUGGCUAAAUAUCCAUGUACAAUAGGCUUUAAGGAAAGCUUGUAUUGUGACUUGUGCACAUCCAGUACAGAUAAAUCACCCAGCUUGUUAAAUUGUUUGGAUUAGUUUACAGUUCUUCUCUGAUGCCGAGAGUGUUUAAGACCUUACUCAAGGGGUAUGCCAGUAGCAUCAUCCGAUAUAUAUGUAUCGAAACGCUAAUUAACCGGCAGAACUAGCUAGAUAACUAAUGCUACUUACCGAGGUUCAUGAUUGUUUCAUUAAGUUAAUUUAACCAAUGGAAUGACUUCUUUGUUCACAAAUACGACUAUUUAAGCUAGUCAAACAUACAUUUGUAAAUGGAUCCUUUAUUCAAGUAAUCAUGUUUUAAUAAUUUCAUUAAAUUUGCUUUCCGUGAAAAGAAUAUGGUUUGUGUGUUUUGCUGUGACGGAUGAACACCACCAUUGUAUCUGAUAUCUGGCAAAAACCUUAGAACUGAGCUAAAAUUUUUAAGUCUUUCAAAUGAGGUUGAAAUGGCAUUUCCCUCAAGAGUGCUUAGUAUGUCAGUAUUUCGAAGUGUUCUUUAUACCAGCUAUGGAAUGGUGACAAAAUAAAGGUAAAAACAACGUAAAAUGUGUUGAGUUAAAACCUUGGAAUCGAUCCAGUCUCUAAUUCUGGAACUGUAUUGGAACAAUGAACACUGUUCUCAUUCAAAUUCAAAUUCGAGUUCAAAUUCUAGCAGUGUUGCAACUACACAUGGCUAGAAGUCCAAGAGAUCACAAUCGGUCAUGAUUUUGUGGUAGAACUGGUGGUAUACAUAAACCAUACUGUAGCAACACUCAUAGGCAUCUGUGAGUUUGUGUAUAUAGACGUAGGCGUGUAUCACUUGCCUCAGAGUGCAAUACACCACAGUCCUGUAUUUGUCUUCCUUCGAGACACGUAUUAACUUUCUGCAAACUCGUUAGAAGCAGACGUGUGAUAACAACACCUGGAGGGUGGGAACAGGCUGUGAGUUGAAUUAGAGAGAAAAUCAGGCAAAAAAAAAACAGUUGUUUGAUGAUGUUGAGAAUGUUGUCUAAGACCUCACAUUAUAAUCUUCACCUGACCUUCAGUUAAGUUAAGAAUAGGUAUAAUAGGUAUAAUGAAAGUAUAAUAUUCACUAGAUUAUCAUCUUGUGCAAGGGGCAAAACCACUCCCAUCAAAAUAGAAAGUGGCAAAUGUGAUCAGCGCAAAGAACUCUAUGGAUUUACAGUGACUCUUCAGUCUGCAUAAAGAUUUUUCCCGGUUUAAUGGUGAAAAACACAUUCACUUGUGCAUAAAGAUGUAGAGAAUUGAUUUAUCAGUCACCAGAUCUCACCAGAAGUCAGUUUUGUGAGAUUUGAAUCCAGCAUUUUAGACAGCUUUCUUUAAAAAACCUUAGACAAGGUGCAUUGAAGAUAUUCUGGUCUCUUGUGGUGGCCCUGCACUUUACUACAAAACUUCAUUUGACUUCAUUUUCUUUUUUAACUUCAAUCUAUAUAUAUUCUAAAUAAAACCAAUACUAGCUACAGAUGCUGGUUGUUAAGUUGCAUCACAUUAGCUGCAUUUAACCAUGUGAAUGACACAUUCAUUACACAUAUUGGAAUAGGAAAACAACAACACUGGAAAACUGUCAUGCAAUAAAAAAAUAGAUUUUAUUUUGUUUCAAAGGUUCACCAAUGCUACAUUUUAUAACCUGUUAUUUUACUAACAUUGCUAGAAAUUAAUGAAUGUAUGCUGCACUGUAUAGAGUACAGAGCUUAUGCUACGUGAUCUGGUUCUUGCCUGUGAUUAAGAAGCUAGCAAUAAAUUCACACUGCAUGUGUCCAUGUGUUUUAUUCCCAUACACCUGGUACAGAGUACACUGUACAGAAACAUCAUUACUAGCUACUGUAUGUGCUAGGUGUGUGCUUAUUUUCAAAAUGUUGAUUUAUGGAUGCUAGCUGAAUGUUAAAUGCUAGAAACACUAAUCUGAUUAUAUAAUAAAUGAACGUUAGAACGUUUUGUCACCAAACACGAUGACAAUGUGUCUUUUUUCCUGAAAUGAACAAACAUUCAGUGUCUGUAACAGCUAUAUAAGCAAUUAAAUCAUUAAAAAAAUAAUCUGUC